GGCGAGAAUCCUAACGGCCGCGCCACCGAGCAUGAUCAGGAGUAACUUUGUCAAUAUCAAAAAUCAAAGCAAAAUAAUCAAAUGAUCUCAUACUAGCUUGUCGGAAGUUAAUUGGACGCCUUAAAUAUCUCAAUGAGUAGUACGUGUUCGCAGUUUUCAAACUCAGAAGCUACAAUUAUGUCAUUAGAUCCGAAGUAUGCGAAUUUGCCAUGGAUUGCACAUGGACAACCUGAUGUUUAUGAGGCUGGAGAACUGCCAGAGGCUGAUCAAUAUGUUCAGGAUACGUUGCAAGACACAGUGACAGCAAAAGAAAUCGAAACCGUCAAUCUGUCGGUAUCCGAGGCUCACAAGAAGUUUGCUAGCUUCAAUGUUGACGCUUCCAACGUCGUAUAUCAGGCAGUGGCAAGAUUGGAUAUGCCGUUGAGACAAAUCAAUAUGAUUUUAAACCAAGAAUCGCUUUUAAAAAGAUUUCAGCGUUUGCAGACUGAAACUCAUGAGCUAAUUAAGGAUAUUCAAAGCAUAUCUGAUCAGAGUGAAGUAAAUCCCAAGGAACCUUUUCCCGCAUCAAAAAUGUUGUCUUGUGUGGAAACACUUUGCGAAAAGUUAACUGAAAUACAGUCUACUGAUUUAACUACUGUCUCUUUGGAUGGAUCAGAUGCUGUCGGGAAAACAUUGCACAGCAAAAUUUUGAAGCAAAUCGAUGAGUUCAAACCAGAAAAGCCAAUGUCCAGAAAAGUAGAUGAGUCCAGCCACUUAGUUUAUGAAAUAUACGAUGGUAAAAGCAUCAUCCAGCAAACAGAUGCUGAGAAAUUGGCAGAUAUCGAUCGUCGGAUUCAUCAUAUAGAGACUCUCAUUGGCCAACCAGAUCCCAAUAGAGUGUCAGCUUUGACAGCAGAUACAGUGACUCAUGGUCUUUUAGAAGCAUGCUCACGUUUAUCCGCCCGUUCGUCGUUGUUUCAACAAGGACAUCUUGAUAUGAUUGAAGCUCGUCUAACGUCGCUGCAGACGAAGUUACAGGCUGUGACCGAGAAGAGGGAAGCUAUCGCGGACUAUGAUAUGCAGAAUAAGAUAGCAGAACUGUAUGAACUCGUGAAAAAGUGGAAUGACGUGGCUGACAGUCUGCCAAUGAUAGUGGAACGUCUUAGUAAACUAAAAUCUCUACAUGAGGAAGGUAAGCAGGGCUGUGAAGCUUACUGGUGGUUCUGCUUUCUCUUUGUGAUAGUAAGUACUAAUUAGGAAGAUUCAUGGAUGCAUUCAUAGGAUUAUGACACCUGCAAAUCUGUUAGUUGGUUCUGUAAUUUAGUCUCAGAUAUUCUUUAACUUGCCUAAUUACUUUAACAUUUCUAAACAUUAUUCAGCUUAAUAGAAUAGUCUUUGGUUAAAAUCCUUGUUUAGAGCGGAUUUUUUUCCAUUAUAUAAAAAGUAGACCAUCUUAUGUGGUUCAAAUAGAGCCCUUUAACCGUCCAGAUACAAAAAGGUUUAAGAUAUAUUUGACUAGACAAUAAGCGCAACCGAUUAGGUGAAAACUAUCAUACCACAGGAACACCUAAAUAACCAAAUACUCAAUCAACUACAUACCAGUGGUGAUUAUACUAGGAAUAGGUUGCAUGCAGUGUCGAUAGAGUGUAGUCAGCAGCACUUAUCUGCGAAUCACAACUUACCGCAGUUGGGCUAUAGUGCAGUGCAUGACUGGCUACGUGCUCAAGCAAUAAAGAAGCUAAUAUGAAUCCUCCUAGUU